GUCGCGGCGCGCGCGAGCGGAGAGAAGAAGUCGGUGUUGAUCGUGAACACGAAUGGUGGCGGACACGCGAACAUCGGGUUCUGGCUGGCGAAGACGCUGGCGGGGGCUGGGCACGACGUGACGAUGAACGUCGUCGGCGCCGAGGACGAUAAGAAGAUGGCCAAGACUCCGUUCUCGUUGUUCGAUGAGAUUCGAGGGAUGGGUGUGAAGACGGUGUGGGCGAACCCCGAUGAAGUGGCGUCCAAGCAUGCCGGGGCGAAGUUCGACGUGGUCGUCGAUAACAACGGUAAGGACAUGGACACCGUUGGUCCGGUGGCGGAUUUCGCCGUCGCCGCGGGGGCGUCGCAGUUCUUGUUCGUCUCGAGCGCGGGUAUCUACAAGCCCACGCCGUGCCCGCCGCACGUCGAGGGCGAUGCCGUGAAGGAGACGAGCGGCCACGCCGUCGUCGAGGCGCACUUGAAGACGUUGCCGUUGAAGAUGAGCUCUUUCCGCCCGCAAUACUUGACGGGAUACGGAUCGAACAAGGACUGCGAGGAGUGGUUCUUCGAUCGCGCCGUGCGCGGCCGACCGAUCUUGGUCCCGGGCUCGGGUGAUCAGCUCUCGUCGGUGACGCACGCCGAAGAUUUGGCCACCAUGAUCGCCGCCGCCGUCGGCAACGACGCCGCCGCUGGGGAAAUCUUCAACUGCGUGACGACGAAAGCCGUCACGCUGAACGGCAUGGCGGAACUUUGCGCCAAGGCUGCGGGCGUCGAACCGAACGUGAUCAACUACGACCCGAAGGAUGUCCCGGAUGUCGAAGUUAAGAAGGCGUUCCCGUUCCGCCCGAUCCACUUCUACAGCUCCAGCGCCAAGGCGCAAGCCGUGCUCGGCUGGUCGCCCAAGCACCCGGAUUUGGCCGCCGAGCUCAAGGAACGCUUCGCGUACUACAAGUCCAUCGGACGCGAUAAGAAGGAGAUGUCGUUCGAAACCGACGACAAAAUUCUCGCCGCGAUCGGCAAGUAA